AUGGAUGUUGUAUUUAUUAGGAGUAAGGCUUGGAAGCUGAAGGCAGUUUGUGGGGACCCAGAUUGUGAGUGGAUGAUAUAUGCUUCAAAAAUGCAACAUGAGAACACAUUGCAAGUGAAGACAUAUGUACGUGAGCACACAUGUACACAGUUAUGGGAGAACCCUACUGUCAAGUCAACUUGGAUAAGCAAGAAAUAUGUUGAGACAUUAAAGACCAAUCCUCAUUGGCCUGUCAGCUCAUUCAAGGAGACUGUUGAGAAGGAUUAUAAUACAGGGGUGUCAAAACAACAAGUGUAUAGGGCAAAAGAGAAGGCACUAAAGUUGAUUGAGGGAACUUUUAAUGAACAAUAUUCAAGAAUAUGGGAUUAUUGUCAAGAAUUAAGGAACACUAAUCCAAGAACCACAGCAAUGGUUAAGUGUGAUUUCAAAGAAAAGUUGGGGAAACCACAGUUUCAAAGGUUGUAUGUUUGUUUAGGAGCUGCUAAGGAAGGGUUCAAAGCUGGAUGCAUGCCCAUUAUAGGUUUAGAUGGGUGCUUUUUGAAGAGUGUUUAUGCAGGGCAACUUUUAACUGCAGUGGGUAUAGACGGCAACAAUGAAACCUGGGUGAUUGCAUACGCAGUUGUGGAAUCAGAGUGCAAGGAAUCUUGGAUUUGGUUUCUAGAGCUAUUGGUUAAGGAUUGUGAGAUUGUUAAUCAAUUUGUCUUCACCUUUAUAUCUGACAAACAAAAAGGAUUAUUGCCUGCUUUUGAGCAAGUGGUCCCUAAUUGUGACCAUAGGUUCUGUGCAAGACAUCUUUUUAGCAACUAUAGGAUAUUGUUCAAAGCAAAAGGCUUGAGAGACAAGUUUUGGGAAGCAUCAUAUGCAACCAAUAUUCCCCACUUUACAAGGGCCAUGGAAGAACUUAAAAAACUGUCUAAGGAUGCAUAUGAAUGGCUCACCACUCCAAAUAAACCUCCAAGGCAUUGGUCAAAAUCACACUUCAGCACUCAUUUGAAGUGUGACAUGGUGUUGAAUAAUCUGUGCGAGUCUUUCAAUGGUACCAUAUUGGAAUGUAGGGAUAGACCUAUUCUUACAAUGUUGGAGUAUAUUAGAUGUAAGCUGAUGAAGAGAAUACAGGGAAGAAGAGAUAAAAUGAAAAAAUGGAACAACCCUAUCUGCCCAAGAAUUGUUAAGAAGGUGGAGGCAAAUAAAGCCAAGGCAAGUGCUUGUGUGGCAAUGUGGUCAGGUGGAGGUAAAUUCCAAGUGUUAACUGGUGGCCAUGCACAAUAUAUUGUGGACUUGGAAUUAAAGAGUUGUUCUUGUAGAGCAUGGGAUUUGCAGGGAUGGCCUUGUGUUCAUGAUAUUUCAGCCAUAAAUUAUAAAGGGGGUCUUAAUGUCAUGGAUUUUGUGGAUGACUGCUAUUUGACAACAACUUACUUGAAGACAUAUGAUAAUCUCAUACUACCUAUGAAUGGGAUGGAUAUGUGGGGUAAGACUGACUUUCCACCAUGUCUUCCUCCUUCUUACUCUAAACAACCUGGAAGGCCAAGAAAAUGUAGAAAGAAAGAAGAGGGAAAGCACAAGGGCAAAAUCAUAUUCCCAACACACAGGACUCUCUCAAAUGUGGGCAAUGUGGUAAAAAGGGGCACAAUAGGAGGACUUGGCAUAGGAAUCUUCCCCCAAAGGCCAAAACUGCAAACCACUAUUGAUCCAUCCCAAGCAUCCACUUCAACUGGUCCAAGCACCAAAAAGAAAAUAUCCAAGCUUCCAAGGCAUGUGCAAAAAGGGAAACCUCUGGAUCAAAUGUUGUAG